UAAAGUACGUUACUUUUACUGUAUAUCAAUAUAAUUCAAAACUUUUUAAUCAAAUGUUUUGAACGGUUUCAUGUGGAAGAAAAUAAGUACGAUAUUUGAUAAAUCAUGUCUGUAAAUAAAUGUAACUGUAAAGAAAAUCGCCCAUUGAACGAUGUCCGUUUUGUUUGUAAGUGCUCCGGGAACACGCAAAAAAUGGCCAUGGACAGUUUUAAAGUGCCAGCCGUACCAGUUAGUCGUCCACUACAAAGUAACAUGAAAUUAAAUAUAAAUGAUAUGAAGGAGUCCACGUGUAGCAAGGCAGACCCUAACAAAAAGGAUGAUAAGAAAAAAUCGUGGACCAUAUCUGAUUUCGAUCUCGGCAGACCGCUCGGUAAGGGGAAAUUUGGCAAUGUUUACUUAGCACGAGAGAAGGAAUCGCACUACGUCGUCGCGUUAAAGGUGCUAUUCAAAAGCCAAAUACUAGAUUCCGAAAUCGAGCAUCAGGUGCGACGCGAGGUGGAAAUCCAGUGUCGUCUCCGCCACCCCAACAUACUGCGCAUGUACGGUUACUUCCAUGACGAGAAACGCAUAUAUCUGAUCCUCGAGUACGCCAAACACGGUGCUCUCUAUAAACUGUUGAAGGAACGCGGGCGUUUCGAUGAAAGAACUGCAGCUAUUUAUAUUAGAGACCUAACUAAAGCACUGAUGUAUUGCCACACAAAGAAAGUCAUACAUAGAGAUAUUAAGCCUGAAAAUUUGCUAAUCGGCCAUAAUUGGGAGCUAAAGAUUGCUGAUUUUGGUUGGUCAGUCCACUCUCCGUCUUCCCGAAGGAUGACAUUGUGUGGAACACUAGAUUAUUUGUCUCCAGAAAUGAUAGAUGGAAAACCACAUAGUUAUGCCGUUGAUAUAUGGUGCCUGGGUGUGCUUUGCUAUGAAUUACUUGUUGGUCUGCCUCCAUUUGAUGCUAAAGACACACACCAAACUUAUAGAAAAAUAAGAUAUGUAAUUAUAAAAUAUCCAGAAUAUGUUUCAGAUAAAGCAAAGGAUUUGAUGGGCAAGUUACUAGUUAUAAAUCCGGAACAGAGAUUGCCAUUAACGCAUGUCUUGCAACAUCCUUGGAUAGUGGAAAAUGCCCCCGAGGGAGCUCAACCAACCUCACACAAUCCAGCACAGAUGUCUUGAUGAAAACUUGACAAAUUAUAGAAAAUACAAAAUUUUUAAUGAUAUUUUAAUCAUAUUGAAAUGUGUAUAAUUAAUAAUUAUGUAUUGUUAG